CGAGACGAGAGUGAUACCAACAAACGCGCAACAGCCGACAGUGGCGGAUGACUGUUUUGUUAUAAACAACAAUCGACUCGCGAAAAUAUAUAAAAACAAGAAAGAAGUGCAGUGUAAUAAUAUUUCAUACGUUACUUGCCUUGUGUGAACUAGUUCUCGUAUUAUUUUAAUAAAAAACAAACAUGGGUGAACUUGGAUCAAAAUUGGGUCUGAGCGAGCUAUCUGGUGGUGCUGCGGGUAUCAGCAAAGCCCUACUCGCUGAAUUUAUUGGCAAUCUCCUCCUGAACCUGUUCGGCUGCGGCGCGUGUAUAAACAUCAGCCAGGGUAACACGGCCGCCCCCGACAUCGUACUCAUCGCCUUCGCCUUCGGUCUCACCAUAUUCGCCGCUAUCUCGGCGAUAGGUCAUGUAUCUGGUGGACACAUCAACCCGGCCGUGACGAUAGGCUUGGCAGCGGCCGGGCGCGUGAAGGUAGUGCGCGCCGUGUUGUACAUCAUAGCACAGUGCGCAGGCGCCGCAGCCGGCUCCGGCCUGCUGAAGGCAUUCACACCGGACCGCGUGGCUGGCUCCCUGUGCGCCACCAGUCUCGGCACUGACGUCACAGCGCUUCAAGGAUUCGGCAUCGAGUUCUUCCUCGGAUUCGUCCUCGUAUUCGUCGUCUGUGGGGUAUGUGAUCCUAACAAGCCGGACAGCAAGGCGACCGCCCCCCUGGCUAUCGGGCUGACGGUAACCCUGGGUCAUCUGCUAGCCGUGGACUACACCGGCUCCGCUAUGAACCCGGCGCGCUCUUUCGGUUCCGCGCUGGUCGUCAACAUGUGGACUUCUCAUUGGGUAUACUGGGUGGGUCCCAUAGCUGGUGGGGUGGCCGCUGCGCUCCUCUACGUGCACGGGUUCUCGGCGCCGGCACAGGAGACGCCGCGCUACAAAGCUGUGGCCAGCGAUGAGAAAGAGCUGAAGCGCCUGGACGGCAGUAAAGGGGAAGAUCUAGCCUGAGAGUUAACUCUACGCCGCCCGCCCAUCGAAUGCACCCGUCCGGCGGCAUACACAUAUUUAUGAACAAAACCCCCCACCCCGCGCCAUAGACACAAGCAAAACUACCAAAAAGAAAAUAGCCACCAAAAAGGUAAUGUACACGACACACAACACACACCUCCUAUGAAAAGAAGCGACUCCGACAUCAUAUGCAUCACCAUACAUUGCAACAUAAAACAUCGAUUGAAAAGAGAUUUCAAAAGAAAGUACAAAUAUACUUACACAUAACUAAAACGUACUAAGUAUAGAUAUAUGUAAAAAAUACUUAAAAAAAGAACAGUGGUGAAAUUCUUACAGUUUUGUGUUAAACUGGGCCUAUAUUUAGAUACUAACUCAAAAACGCCAAAUACACAAAGUUAAGUAGACAAAAGGGAUUUCAUUCUUGUAACACACGAUUAUAUUUAUAAUUUGUUGCCAUUUUCCCAUCAUAUAGUAUAGUAUUAAUAUUAUAUACUUAUAAUCUGUUGCAUAGGUAUAAAUUCUAAAUCCGAAAUCUAUAAAAA